UAACACUUGGUCUUUUUUUCAUGCUUUUUGAUUUUGACUGAUGCCAUUUUAGAGGCUUGCCACCUGGUUAUUGAGUGAUGGAGCUGCUCCAUUGAAGAUGAAUGAGGCUACAGGAGCAAAAAUUGUAAAAUGCUCAGAAUCUAUGUGGAAGCUAGCGUACUAUACUGCUGUUGAAAUAUUUGUUCUCAAAAUCACUUAUCAAGAGCCAUGGUUCAGAGAUACAAAAGGGUACUUCAGAGGCUGGCCAGAUCAGGAGCUGAAGCUUCCUCUACAGCUUUUUUACAUGUGCCAAUGUGGGUUCUACAUUUAUAGCAUUGUUGCUCUCCUUGUUUGGGAAACUCGAAGAAAGGAUUUUGCUGUCAUGAUGUCCCAUCAUGUAAUUACCGUUAUCCUGAUUGCAUACUCAUACAUGACAAGGUUUUUCCGCAUUGGCUCAAUUAUACUAGCCCUGCAUGAUGCUAGCGACGUGUUUAUGGAAGCUGCUAAAGUUUUUAAAUAUUCUGAAAGGGAGCUAGGAGCAAGUGUGUUCUUUGGAUUGUUUGCAAUCUCAUGGUUAUUGCUAAGACUAAUAUUCUUUCCAUUUUGGGUUAUCAAAACUUCAAGCUAUGAUGUUCGGGAAUUCUUGAAUCUAUCAGAGGCCUAUCCCACUUCGCUAUACUAUGUUUUUAAUACAAUGUUAUUGAUGCUACUUGUGUUCCAUAUCUACUGGUGGAUUCUCAUAUGUUCAAUGAUCAUGAGACAGCUGGAAAAUAGAGGAAAAGUUGGAGAGGACAUUAGAUCUGGUAAGCAUUUUUUUACUUCAUAAUUUAUUCUUGCUAUUUGAUCCAUGAUAUCUAUAUGAGGUUGUUUAUGAUACUUGUGAGAUUGUGGUUGUCUGUACGGUUAUUGGUCAUCCAUUGAAUUUCAAAAUCCCUCUCCCACGUUUAGGAUUAGUUGCUGUGUAAUAUAAUGUCAUCAGCCCAUGUACAAUUAGUAACACUUUUUUAAUUCCAUUUGUCAUGCAACUUGGCCAAUGCAUCAUAAACAGUACUUACAUCUCUGUCGACAAAUUUCAUCUCCUAAUUCAUGUGCAGAUGACGAGGAUGACAAUUAGAUGGAAAAGUUUUGGAUAGCCAUUUUGUUCUUGCUUGCAAUGUUAGCCUUGAGGAGAUUAAUCUGUAGGUUACCCACCGCACUCAACUGUGUUACCAUAUGGGUAAAAUAUUUUUUUUUACUCAAAAAUUUUAAUCAAUUUUUCUUGGGGUAUAGAAAGGAAGUAGGACGAUGAAGCAUGUUGUGAUUUCAUCUUGCUGUACAAAUAAUAGGCAAUUCCUGUAAAAUUAUUUUCUCUGGAUACUCUUGUUUGGGCUCAAGCAUCACGAGGAAAUGAAUAGAAGGAAAACCUUUUUCUUAGGAGCAUAUUCUUCUCUCUGUCUGGUUUGUAUUAGUUGUUUUUCUCCGAAAAUGUGUUGUCCCUGUGAAAUAUCUCUAAAAAGUGGUGCAGUUUGUCCUGAUAGUUUUCAAUGUAG